AUGACUGCAACGUUUGGACGGGUCAAACGUUGGGAUCUAGAGUGCUGGGUCUCUGCUGUUCUGAGCUUUUGCAGGCACUGCCACGCGGAUGCUCUGGGGGUCUGCCAUUUCUGUAUGGGGGGCAGAAGGUCGGAAGACAGCAGGCAGUGGUCGCGAUAGAAGGGAAAAAAAGAUGUCCCCGAUGUUGCAGAGUCAAAGCGAUCCUCUUUCUCCUCUCCUUUUCAGUCGGUUUGGUACCAAAUGUGCUCGCUGCGGGAGGCAGAUCUACGCCAGUGACUGGGUCCGAAGGGCUCGGGGCAACGCCUACCACUUGGCCUGCUUUGCCUGCUUCUCUUGCAAAAGGCAGCUUUCCACCGGAGAAGAAUUUGGCCUGGUGGAGGAGAAGGUCCUCUGUCGGAUUCACUACGACACCAUGGUGGAGAACCUGAAACGCGCGGCGGAGAACGGGAACGGCAUCACGCUAGAAGGGGCUGUCCCCUCCGAGCAAGACAGCCAGCCGAAGCCAGCUAAGAGAGCCCGGACCUCCUUUACAGCAGAGCAGCUGCAGGUCAUGCAAGCCCAAUUCGCUCAGGAUAACAAUCCAGACGCUCAGACUCUGCAGAAGCUGGCGGACAUGACCGGACUCAGCAGGAGAGUUAUUCAGGUUUGGUUUCAGAACUGCAGAGCGCGGCAUAAAAAACACACCCCUCAACACACAGUGCCUCCCUCGGGGGGCUCCCAGUCCCGCAUCCCUUCCGUGCUGCCGGAGGACCUCCACUACUCCCCUUUCAGCGGUCCCGAGCGGGCCAGGAUGGUGACCCUCCACAGCUACAUAGAGAGCCAGGUCCAGUGUGGCCAGAUGCACUGCCGCCUCCCUUACGGCGCCCCCCCCGUGCACCUCAAAGCCGACAUGGAAGGAGCCCUGUCGAGCAGAGGGGAGAAGGUGAUCUUGUUCCAGUACUGACUGCUCCUUCUCUUUUGCAUCUCCCGGGACUCGUGAUGCCACUGCUGCUUAAUCUCCUUACCAUUUCACCCAUGGCAACCAGGGGACCUUCGGCAUGAGAACCCCUUCACGGUCUUCUCAGCCCUGGCUUCUAAUCCGGCCUCUGGAUCUCAGCCACUAGUUGCCAUGGCCGUGGCCACCAGCCGCUGAGCAUUCCCCAGUGGUGGUCUUCAUCUGGUGGACUUGCUGGCUGGUGAAGACUCUGGGCAGUGCCCUCUCUGGGUGACCGAAGCAAGGGGACUUACUGUGGAUAUAUCUUGUCUGCUACAAGUUCAACCCAUGUAAGAAAAGAAACUGAGCCACCUGGGCUAAACGUGCUCACGCUACCGUGGAACGCUGUUGAUCUUCAACCUGUGUAAGAAUCAAGUCUACUAACUUACCAACAUUCAGCCUUUAGAUGGAAACGUGGAGGCGAAACGCCAUUUCAACAAAGAGGACCGUGGAUCUUGAUCUGCCGAUUCCUUUCCAACUCUUGGGGCUUUUGACUGUCCCCGUAAGCAACAUCGGUCUGUUUUUUGGAUGGGCGGGUCUUUGCAGCUCUCAGACCAGAUGCUGGACCUGCCCUGAGAGGUGCCGAUCCAGGCGCUCCUCAAACCAUCACGGACGCUUCUAAUCCGACCACCCGGCAGCCGGGGGGAAACGUCUGUCUUCCUAAAGCCUGGGAGCAGAAUCCAACAAUGAGGGCUUGAGCCUUUGCACAGAGCUGAGAAAAUAUUUUAAAAUUCCCUGGUGCCAACUUCAAACUUUUUUUUUUUUUAAGAAACGGGGGGCGGGGGUGACUGAACGCCUGGGACUUUGUGCUACCGGGACUGUUGACAAAACUGGAACUUCCCUCUCUCUCUUUCUCUCUUAUUUAAAAAAAAAGGUAUUUGGUGUUCUCAGGUUGUGCGAGAUGGAGCAGCUGAGCAAAAGCACUUGGCGUUUUCAGUCUGACUAGCCACUGUUCAUCACGGCCUCCAGCUUUGUCUCGCUACGGCUAGGCAGCUGCUAGGUUAACUGACCCGUGAAAUGUCUCUUUGACGGAAAGGCCCUUUAGACCUAAUCGCUUCUCUGAAUGGGGCAUCCACAGGGCCUUGCACAGGGCCAUCACCUCCACAGCCAACCGCGUCACCCUCUUCCGGCUGAAAUGGAACGGAUGGGGCUCCUUCUCGGAGCAGUUCCUCCCAGGACUUGCCACCCAAAGGCGCAGGCGUUGCACCAAUCUAGGCAGGUCCCCCAUUUCUCCCCGGGCGGGGUUGGCGGUCUCUUCCCGUGGUUCUGCCCCUUCGUGGUCCACCCGCACUGCUGGGAAGGUCCUACGGCAGUGCCCGGGUGGACUGGCUUCUGAGAAUUAACCCAGAGAGCAGCGCUGGGCCUGAAAGAGGAAGCGCGCCCAGCUGUGCUUACUGGUGGUCCUCAGUGGUCAGCGCGGGAAAGGAGGCGAGCGCAGCGUGACCUUCGAACUCCCUUACUCAGAAGUCCUGUGAAUUGCGGUGGAGACACAGGUCACCCACCCUGAUGUGGGGCAACUGCCUUUAUGUCAAAGGGGAGAGCAACUGCUUUGGUGCCCGAGUUGGGUCAGCGCGGGGCCUUUGAGCGAGCUGUUUUUCCAGCCCCUCCCCGCGACUCCCUUUCCCGUCGAAAGGGCUGCCCUCGCCAAGCUCUCCUUGGCCUGAAGGAUGAGGAGGCAUCCAAGGGUGGGGCUGACCAGCAGCCCAGAGGGCAGGAAAGAGCCCGGCAGGCCUUGUCUUAGCGUCCUCCGGAUCGCCAAGGCAGCGUUGGCCUUUCCUCCUUGCGAGGGUCAGGGAGCAGCCGGGACGAGCACCUUUUCAAACCCAAGGGGCAUUUGUGCUUUGGCCCCACCAAGUUGUCAGCUCUUGCAGGAUGGGAAACCGUUCCUCGUUCAUGAAACAGAGGUCUGUGGAAAAUAGGGAGAUGCCCUGGAACGGAAGGUGGGUCCCCUCCUGUCUUUAGACUAGCGUCGCCUUAGCCAACCUCUCUCUCUUUGGGCGAAGCUUUCCAGCUAUGUGCAUUAAAUGCACACGCACACAGCCGAACAGGGGGGCCCUCUGACCCUGCAAGGGCCAACUCCGCUCAGCAAAGCUCUGUGCAUGCUCUGAGGCACCUCUGGAGGUGGGACCACACCGAUCCAUCCGCCUGUAAAAUCCUCCCGUCCCUCUUUUUGCCAGUAUUCCAAACUGCACCUCCAGCGCCGGCGUAAUUGGACAUGGGGGUAGAAAUCGUUCAUCCCAUUUGCUUCUCACAACCAUGUUGUGUGACGCUCCCAGCGAAUUUGCUAACAGCCCCAUCCGAUGGGCCGGCAAUGAAUAAGAUUAGCCGGAAUCUACACAACUCUAUUCCCCACAAAUAGCAUCCUUUGGAAUCCGGCACGGAUUGUAGUUUCCUAUAUGGAAUGCGUUUGAAUUUUCUAUAGCUCUGAGAGCUGGAAAAAGAAUAAAAUAAAAGUGGAAUCUAGUGGGAUUCCAAAGGAGGUACAAAAAUGAAUUUCCAGUAACUCGGGAGGGCAGUUGCUUUGUCCUGCCCGCGGAAGAACCCGAAAUAUUCACGCCACUAAGCGCUGAUUGAUGUACAGUCUUUGAUUCAAGCAGGUGGGGCUUGCGGGGUCUCUGAGAGGCAGCAGCGCGUCUCCCUCUCCCCGCAUCUCCUCUUUUUAAAAGCUGGGAUGGGCAGAAUACACUGAAUACGCGGCGCACGGAGGGGUAGCCGCCUGGCCUCGCCAGGAGAAGCCGGGCGCGGAGGCCGUGCCAAGCCGUCUCGGGAAAAGGAGCAGACUGUUUUGUUUGUAGAUUGUUGCAAUUUCUGCAUGUCUAGGUGAACGUGGCUCAAAAUAACCUUCGAAAGAACAGGCGGUCAGGACUGGUAUUUAUUUAAGAAAGGAAAGAAGAAAGAAAAAAGAGAGAGAAAUGUAAAGCACUUUUUAAAACAAAAAAAAAAAGAACAAGGUCAGAACCAAUGUUUGUUUUAUUAGCUCCUUUUACUGUUGUGCUUUGUAAAUGUCUUAUUUGUGUAAUAAAUAAAGUUAACGCGAGUCGAAGUGCUGGCACUGACAUCAAGGAAACGAUGCGAUGCCCGUUUCUUUCCUCCGCUUUCUCAGCCCGGCUCCCCGUCCUGUCUUUGGGCCCUCGAUGCCAAGGGCAAAGCAAAACCAAAACAAAAAGGCCUCUGGUCCCUUCUCUCCCUGGCAAAGGUGGGCAUCCAGAGCCCCCCCUCCUGCGCUCGCCCUCCGGGCAGGGCCGAGGGACAUGGAGGGCGCUGGGCGAAGGAGCCGCGGCGGCUUCUGGUGGGCGUCCCGUGUGGCUGGUGAUGGGCGGCCUCAGAAGCCUGCCAAGCGCACACCUUGGAGGGACAGGACCGCAAUCGAGGGCGAUUAGCUCACCGUCGCCACUCACUGCAGCGGAUGAAAGGAAAGCCGUCAGCGUUGUUCUCUGUGCCAGGGGAGCCCGAGGCGACCUUAAUGGAGAAAUUACAGGGGCCGGGUCCUUGGGCGGGGAAGCCGAGGGG